GUUUGCUACGUUUCACUCGUAGAAAAAUAGUUGUAUUUAAAUUUUGUAUGGAGGCACAAUUAUCUUAAGUUUCUUUAUUUAUCUUGUAAAGCUAAAUUUUUCUUUAGCUCAUCUUUGUAUUAUGGAGAUGGCUUCAUCGGAUGUCGCUCGUCAGGGGGAAAAAAAUGCCCGGCCACUGUCAUUGUCUGGUCAUGUUGGCUUUGAUAGCUUGCCACAUCAGUUGGUCAACAAAUCAACAUGUCAGGGGUUCUGCUUCAAUAUCCUGUGUAUUGGUGAAACAGGUAUCGGUAAAUCCACCCUGAUGGACACAUUGUUUAACACUAACUUUGAGAACUUUGAGUCUUCCCACUUCGAGCCGAAGGUAAAGCUCAGAGCUCAGACCUACGAUCUGCAAGAGAGCAACGUGCGUCUGAAGUUGACCAUUGUCAACACAGUGGGCUUUGGAGACCAGAUGAACAAGCAGGAGAGCUAUCAGCAUGUGGUGGACUACAUCGACACCCAGUUUGAGUCAUAUCUACAGGAAGAGCUGAAGAUUAAGCGCUCCCUGCAUAACUACCACGACUCGCGCAUCCACGCCUGUCUGUACUUCAUCGCCCCCUCAGGACACUCGCUCAAAUCACUGGACCUCGUCACCAUGAAGAAGCUGGACAGCAAAGUCAACAUCAUUCCAGUCAUUGCCAAAGCAGACACCAUCUCUAAGAGUGAGCUCCACAAGUUCAAGAUCAAGAUCAUGAGUGAGUUGGUCAGUAAUGGUGUCCAGAUCUAUCAGUUCCCUGUGGACGACGAGACCGUCUCCAAGAUCAACACCGCAAUGAAUGGUAUCCUGCCCUUUGCUGUGGUGGGGAGCACAGAGGAGGUGAAGAUUGGAAAUAAAAUGGUGAAAGCUCGCCAGUACCCCUGGGGCGUGGUGCAAGUGGAAAACGAGAACCACUGUGACUUUGUGAAGCUGAGGGAGAUGCUGAUCUGUGUGAACAUGGAGGACCUGAGGGAGCAGACUCACACGCGCCACUACGAGCUCUACCGCCGCUGCAAGCUGGAGGAGAUGGGCUUCAAAGACACCGACCCGGAAAGCAAACCAGUCAGUCUGCAGGAGACCUAUGAGGCCAAGCGCCAGGAGUUCCUAGGGGACCUGCAGCGGAGAGAGGAGGAGAUGAGGCAGAUGUUUGUCCAGCGAGUUAAGGAGAAGGAGACUGAGCUGAAGGAGGCCGAGAGAGAGUUGCAAGGCAAGUUUGAGCAGCUCAAGAGGCUGCACCAGGAGGAGAAGGCCAAGCUGGAUGAGAAGAGGAGGUCCCUUGAGGACGAGAUGAACACCUUCAGCAAGAAGAAAGCAGCCGCCGAACUGCUCCAAGGCCAGUCCUUCAACAGCAACACCAACCUGAAGAAGGACAAGGACCGCAAAAAUUCUGGGUUCAUGUGAAGAAAUGGAAUGGCCAAAGAACUCGGACCACACUAAGAAGAAAACCAUAAUCGUUUUUUCCUUGUCUGUUUUACUAUCCAAACUAUACACCUGGUUAGGUCAAACACGUCUAUGUUAUGUUAGCUUUAUUUAUCUUAAUCUAAAUAUCUGUAUCCUAAUAUGCAUGGAUUAUUUGUAAACGUAUGUAUUCGUAUUACUCUUUGCUACAACAGCUAGAGGGCGCCAAAUGAUCAAAGUCUGCUUUGUAUGUAGUUGUUGUGUUUUUUCACACCGUGCUGAAAUCUCAUUGAUGUUGAAUACCAGCCCACAUGAGGAGGCUCAGAAGUAAAAAGGUGCUUAUGGUAUUAACUGCCUUUGUGUUUGGUUUGAAUAGGCUGCACUCCACCUUCGAGUCAGGUUUUCAAGUAACAAACAUGCUAACUCAGUUUCUCAGCUGGUAGAAGAUUGCUUUGGCAUGGCCUUAUAGUAUAAUUUUCACUACUGCCUUGUACCACCUCGCCUCAUAGAAGAUUCAUGUGAAUUGAGUGUUGUGCUAAUAUUCCAGUAAUGUUACACUUGUUAUAUAUAUAUAUUCUUCCUGUGCCUUACUUCUGUCUGUGCCUUAUAUCAAUUUACAAACACUAAAAUAUGUGUUUUUAACCAAAUGAUCUCCAAAUUAAACACUAAACAUGGUAGAUUUUGACAUAAAGGUCAUGAUGUUAUGUGGCUGCAGUAUUAUGGUGUUAGUAAAACUAGAAAUGGGAGGAUAGCCUCUGAAGAAAAUAAAUAAUCAAGUGUUACAAUUUAGGAUUUUUUUAAAACUAAAUAUAUUUUUGUACACAGUUUUUACGAGCUUAAAUAAAAUUAAAUGUUGUUCCUAUGCA